GGACCGGUAUAGUCAGAACCCAUUCGAGCUCAAAAAACCCGGCAGCUACUAUACAACACAAUCUUUUAUGUUAUCCGUAACAAAUUUAUCCUUUUAUUGAAAAUUACAUCGGUAUUAGUACCGCCGUAGAUGGAGGCCGCCGCCGCCGCCACCGCCACUUUGGUUGGAUCUUCUUUACAUUUACAUCCACCACCUUCAAGCUCCGUUACCAGAUCGACUGUUUACGCUGCCAGACCUCGCCUCUCUUUCCCGAUUAAGCAUUAUUCUUCUCUAGCUUGUUCAAGAUCAUGGAAUAAAAGGAUGGUUUUGGAGAGUAGGAGAGGCAUAGUUGUAAGGGCAUCGUCGUCUCCCGACUCGACUGACCCAUCUGAUCCAAUUGCUCCCCUAAGGAUGGAGUCUCCAACUGGGCAAUUUUUGUCUCAAAUCCUGAUAAGUCAUCCACAUCUUGUGCCGGCAGCAGUUGAGCAGCAGCUUAAACAGCUUCAAACUGAGUGGGACACUGAGCAAAAGAAGGAAGAACUGUCUGCAUCAGGCACGGAUUUGGUGUUGUAUAGGAGAAUUGCUGAGGUUAAGGCGAACGAGCGAAAAAGAGCUUUGGAAGAGAUCCUCUAUGCACUGGUUGUGCAGAAGUUUAUGGAUGCCGAUGUUUCCUUGGUGCCUGCAAUAACUCCCUCUUCUAAAAAUUCUUCGGGUCAAGUAGAUACUUGGCCGAGCCAAGAAGAGAAAUUCGAGCAGCUUCACUCGCCUGAAGCCUAUGAAAUGAUCCAAAGCCACCUAGCUCUCAUUCUGGGAAAUCGAUUGAAUGAUUCAAAAUCCGUUGCACAGAUUAGUAAACUUAGGGUCGGGCAGGUCUAUGCUGCAUCGGUGAUGUAUGGGUAUUUCCUAAAACGGGUCGACGAGCGAUUUCAACUAGAGAAGACCAUGAAAAUCCUUCCAAAUGGUUCAGAUAGUGAGGGAAGUAGUAUCGAGAAAGCUGUCAGAGAAGACAUAAGACCUGCAGGGGAUUAUCUAGCUGUUUCAUCACACCUGGAAGUCUCAUCGUGGUCUGGAGGUUUUGGGAACAGGAUAAAGCCCUCUCGGUUACGGACGUACUUAAUGUCCUUUGAUGGGGAUACUCUUCAGAGGUUUGCUACGAUUAGAUCGAAAGAAGCUGUUAGCAUUAUCGAGAAGCAAACAGAGGCUUUAUUCGGAAGACCUGAGAUUGUUUUAACUCCUCAAGGUACUGUUGAUUCUUCCAAAGAUGAGCUUAUUAAGAUUAGCUUUGGUGGUUUGAGGAAACUUGUUUUGGAGGCUAUCACAUUUGGUUCUUUUCUAUGGGAUGGUGAAAGCUUCGUAGAUUCAAGGUACCAUUUUGUUAUGAAUUAGAUAUUUUUCAAUUGCGUCCCUGUUAAAGUAAAAACUUAGUAGUGGAGUUCUUACUAUAUUAUGGUUUAAUAAAGUGUAAAUUUUGGUGAUU